AUGGUUCUAUCCUCCUCGGAAUUACGAGUCACUUCUUUUCUUCGUACCGCUAGCCAUGCAUUCAGUGACGAAGUGGCCAGCUACUAUUUGGGUUUGGUCAGACCAUCCCAAUUGGUAAUUGUGAAGACAAUAUCUCUUGGAGCUUUCCACUCUAAUCCGGAAUUAGGUCGACAGUUACACAAACGAUUUGCGCAAAAAGUUACACGUGAGACGAAAAAAUUUCUAAAACUAUCUGAUGCCACAAUUGUGGCGGUGCAACAGGAUUUGUUAGUGUUGAACCAAGGUCUGGUUGCGUUGGACUUUCAACCGUCUGGAAAUUUGCUUCAGUGGAUCGGGACAAGAGUCUAUCUGAAUAUACACUCCGUGUGUAUGGCAAUACAACGAGUGUUCAAAGGACUGGCCUACAUACAUCGAAUGGGAUUGGCACACGGGAAUAUGAAAAUGUCAAACAUUCUGUUUCGAACUUUCCAUCCCGAAUCCGCAUGCAUUGUGAUGGAUUCCAGUGUGAAGUCUGAGAUGCUCAAACUCUGUGCACCGAUUCCGUUGAUAGUGCAAUAUUGUCCACCGGAAUUACAGCCCGCCAUGAUUCGACUCCAACAGGAGUGGCCCGCUGUGUCCUCGGGAAUCCGAAAUGAGCAACAACUGGCGGAAGUCGAUCAGAUAUUGCUUGGAACUCCAGAACGAGAUGUGUGGUGUGUCGGUGUCAUACUGUACAUUUUGCUAGCCGGAUGUGACCCGUUCGCGGAAGAUCAAAUGGAGGAACGAUUUCAUUCGUUCCAAUAUCCCGACCGAAAGUGUACACAUCCAUUUUUUUCCACUAUCAGUAAGCCAUUGGUUGCUCAGAUUGANACGAUUUCUACACUCCGAUCCGGCACAGCGUGCCACGGCCGAAGAAGGUGCUUCAUGGUUAUGGUUCUCCGAUGA